AUGAGUUCAACGGAGACAAUCAAUGUAACGGCUCAGCCGCUGUCGAAAGCUGUUGAAGAGAUCCUGAAGCCUCUCCAGGAACCGGUGUUCCUACAGACGAGAAGCGCUCAGGUCAUCGCUGGGAUAUUUGUAUGGACAGCACUAUUCAUUACUUGCCAACAGAUUUACCAACACCUCCGCUGGUACACUAAUCCGUCUGAGCAGCGAUGGAUAGUACGUAUACUUUUCAUCGUACCAAUAUACGGAUGCUACAGUUGGAUUUCGCUGCUUUUCUUCAAUGGCGACUCUUACUACGUGUACUUUUUCACAGUCAGAGACUGUUAUGAAGCGUUCGUGAUAUACAGUUUCCUGUCUCUAUGCUAUGAGUAUCUCGGAGGUGAGGGUAACAUCAUGUCUGAGCUGAGAGGUCGGCCUGUGAGGGCCUCCUGUGUCAAUGGCACCUGUUGCCUCUCCGGUGCGACCUACACUAUAGGCUUCCUCAGAUUCUGUAAGCAGGCCACACUUCAGUUCUGCCUGGUGAAGCCUGUCUGCGCUUUCAUCAUCAUCUUCUUGCAGUCUUCUGGCCAUUACCACGAUGGUGAUUGGACAGCCAACGGAGGGUAUCUGUACAUUACUAUCGUGUACAACUUCUCUGUGAGUCUUGCUUUGUACGGAUUAUUCCUGUUCCUCGGAGCCACCAGGGAAAUGUUGAAGCCUUUCGAUCCUGUACUGAAGUUCUUCACAGUCAAAUCUGUCAUUUUCUUGUCUUUCUGGCAAGGUGUCGCUCUGGCUAUCUUGGAGAAGGCGGAGGUGAUCUCUCCUCUGUUCGACGCUAACGGAGUCCCCACAACGGCUGGUACAGUGUCUGCCGGUUACCAGAACUUCCUCAUCUGUAUAGAGAUGCUGGCCGCCGCUGUGGCGCUGCGGUACGCCUUCCCCGCAGCCGUCUACCGAGCGCACAGGGACACGCACCGCUCCGUCACCAUGCAGAGCAUCUCCAGCAGCCUCAAGGAGACCAUGAACCCCAAGGACAUAAUGACGGACGCGUUCCACAAUUUCCACCCUCAGUACCAACAAUACACGCAGUACAGCUCGGUGAUGAGAGGCGCCGGGAUUGGUAAUCGUGGUUCUGAAGAAGGAACUGCUCUGGCGCCUCGACCUCCGCCUCAGCGAGUGUCCACUAUCAGCCAUGCUACAAACUAUCACGAAAAAACAACGCUUCUCAGUUCCGAUGAUGAGUUCCAGUGA